UGACGUUCGUGCACACUUGAAAUUAAUACCUGGAACAGUAUUCUGAGUCGACGUCUGACUUGCGACCUUUAUAUAUACACAAUCUAUGGUUGCGACACCGCUGAGUUGAACAGGCAGUGGCAGUCCAAACUUCAUAACACAGAAUGGAGAGCUUCGAAACUGCAGCCAACAUGGAAUUGCCAACAAACUUUUCCCAGGUUGUGUUUCAGGAAAUCCCCAACUCAUAUGUGUCAAAUGUUGCCUUGACUUGCUGCUACACUCUGACAGCAGCAAUCCAACCGAAUCCCAGAGACUGGGUGGGGAUAUUCAAGGUGGGCUGGAGCACCACAAAGGAUUAUCACACAUUUGUGUGGGUAGAACCAUCAUUGGAUCUGAUAGGACUGGAGCCAGUCAGAAAACAAGUGCUUUUUACUGCAUACUACUUGCCAAAGGAUGACUCAGCGUUCUAUCAGUUCUGCUAUGUUGAUAGCAAUGGCCAAGUGAGAGGAGCCAGCACCCCCUUCUGUUUUAAAACCCCAGGGGAACAAAGCACAGACUGCAGCCUUGAAAAUGACCUCUUGGUUAUCAUAACUCAGGAAAAGGUAGAGCAACGUGAGAGGGAGAAAGAAGAGCUGGUCAUGGAGUUGGGGCAACUGAAAGAACAAAAUGAGACUCUGAGAAGUGCUCUGAAAGAGCAACAGCAAGAGAUUGAUCACCUCAAGCUGUCAAAUGAGGAACUAUACCAGGCAGAUGGGAACACGGAGAAUGCAAGAAAGCAUGAAGAACUGACACAGAACACUAAACUAAUGGAUGACUCACACAGAGGGCAGGAGGAACAGGUGGAAAAAAGUGAGAGGGAGAAAGAAGAGCUGACCAUGGAGUUGGGGCAACUGAAAGAGCAAAAUGAGACUCUGGCAUGUGCCCUAAAGGAGCAGCAACAAGAGAUUGAUCAUCUCAAGGAAUCCAAAAAGGAACUGGUACAGUUAGUGAGCAAACUGGAGAAACAGCAAGAGAAUACUAGAGAGCAUGAAGAACUGGCACAGAAUUUCAAAUCAUUGGAUGAAUCACAGAGAGGACAGGAGUCUCUGACCCCUAUUUGUGAGAAAUAUGAAAGAACGUUGAUCAAGAUCAAACAGCUAAAGAAAGAACGAGAGGUGUUAAGAGGAAAGGUUGAGGUCCAAAGUGUGGAGAUCGCACAGCUGAGCCCAAGGCUCAAAGAAUCUGAGCGGGAGUCACACAGACUGAAGGCUCACAUUCAGCUUUUACAGGUGGAUCUCCAGAGCAGUAAGAAAGAGAAGAAGUGUUCUGCCCUAAAGGAGCAACAGCAAGAGGAAUCCAAAGAAGAACUGGUACAGUUAGUGAGCAAACUGGAGCAGCAGCAACAGAAUACUAGAGAGCAUGAAGAACUGGCACAGAAUGCCAAAUCAAUGGAUGAAUCACAGAGAGGACAGGAGUCUCUGACCCCUAUUCAUGAAACAUAUUUGGUGAAUAUAGUGUCAAAACAUGUGACCGCUUCUCUGACAACUAUUUGUGAGAAAUAUGAACAAGCGUUGAUCAAGAUCAAACAGCUGAAGAAGGAGCGAGAGGAGUUGAAAGGAAAGAUUGAGGUCCAAAGUGUGGAAAUUGCACCGCUGAGCCCAAGGCUCAAAGAAUCUGAGCAGGAGUCCCACAAACUGAAGGAUCAUAUUCAGCUUCUACAGGUGGAUCUCCAGAGCAGUGAGAAAGAGAAGGAGAAGCUUUCUGCAGCGCUGCACAGAGUGUGUGGUGUCACACAUGAUCUACAGGACCUGAAGACUGGGAACAAGGCAUUACGUAGAAGCCUGUCAGAGCAGGAGCAGCAGCCACUGCAGAUGGUGGACAGUGAUUGGAAGGAGCAAUACCAAGCCCUUCUUGGUCAGCUGGAGGAGGCUCAGACACUGUUGCACAAGGAGUUGCAGGCUUCCAACAAAAUCCGCAAACGUGCAGAUCAAGCAGAAAGGGAACUGGAGGAGCUCAAGGAGUGCAUGGAGAGCACGGCCAUGACGUCUGAUCAGACAAAGCAGAAGAGCAGCAAACUAGAGGUGCAACUUUCAGAGUUAAACAAAAUCAUUGAGGAGAAAGAAAACAUGGCAGAGAUCGCUAAAGUAGAGAAAGAGGAGUUGUCCAGAGAGAAUCAGGAUCUCAAAAGAGAUAUUGAAAGACUUCGCAAGGAAUUUGAUGACGUCCAGGCUGCUCCAGUGCCCCUGCAGCAUCCCAACCCUUAUGGCUCUUCAACUGACCCUACCCCCAAUAAGGAGCAGCAGCAAGAGGCACUGGCUGACUCUCUCCACUCUUGGAACCCAUAUGAAACCCCAGGCACGGCUACAAACCUGGAGGAAGAGUUGUCCUUGGAGUGUCGUCACUGCCAUGAGUCCUUCCCUGGCAUCACCCAGGACGAGCUGGAGCUGCAUGAGCACAGCCACAGAGUGUGCCCCUUCUGCAUGCUCAUCUGUGACGGAAUGGAACAGGCUUUAUAUGAAGACCACGUCUACAGCCAUGAGGUGUAGAAAUGCCACUUCCUCACAACCCAGAGAGUUGUUUGUGAGGGGGGGGGGAUAAAUAUGGGCUAACAAUCAAUUCAGGAUAUUAUAUAAAUAACAUUUAUAGUCCCUUGUUCAUUACUGUAAAUGUCCUCUUACCUGGUCAAAUAAGUUAAGAAUUAAAUGUCUGGUAAAUCCGUAGCUAAUUUAUUUCACCUGAAAUGUAUCAUACCAUAUAAGAUAUUUGUUUGAUGGCACUUCAUUUUGGUCUGGAGUAGAAUUUACCUCCAUUGCUGGGUGAUAGGAAUGUAUUGCUUUGCUAUUUAAUGGUUUCCCAUAUUUACUCCGUUAUAAUCUCUGCUGAACUGUUUACUUUGCGUAAUUAAACUAUACUGACUUUCUGCCCUUAAACCUCCUGCAUGCAUAACGUCUUGCAUAAUAGAGUCAAACGAUUCAUGGUCAAAUGAUGCCAUCUGAAAAUGAAAUGGUUCAAAUGGGAUUCAUGUGGGAAGCAACAAAUAAAGUUGGCUUCACAGUUGUGUCGUCAUGGAAGUACA